AUGAUUGUCAGUAAUAAACUCAGUUCACUUCUACAAGCUAGUUCAAAAAUUUAUGUCAAUGAAUACGUUCGGUGUGCAAGCACUUCAUCAGCACCUAAGAUCAAGAACUUUAUACAUGGAAAAAUGGUCGACUCUCAAACAAAAGAUUGGAUUGAACUUACGAAUCCAGCAACCAAUGAGGUGAUCGGUUUAGUUCCAAAAUCAACCAAUUCCGAAAUGCUAGCGGCUGUCGAAAGUAGUAAAGAAGCAUAUAGUACAUGGUCAAAAUUUUCCGUUAUACAGCGUCAACAAGUCAUGUUUCGAUUUCAAGAGAUAAUCAGAAGAAACAUGAAAAAUCUUGCCAUGAACAUAUCCAAAGAGCAAGGAAAAACUGUACAUGAUGCCGAAGGAUCAAUUUUGCGUGGAUUACAAGUGGUGGAAGCGUGCUGUGCAGUAACAUUUCUUCAAACCGGUGAAACAAUGCACGGAGUUGCACGAGAUAUGGAUAUUCAUUCUUACAGAGUACCGCUAGGUGUUACAGCUGGCAUUGCGCCAUUUAAUUUUCCAGCUAUGGUUCCUCUUUGGAUGUUUCCAGUUGCAACGGUGUGCGGUAACACAAUGAUAAUGAAACCAUCGGAACAAGAUCCUGGAGCAUGUAUGAUGCUAGUAGAAAUGGCUCAAGAAGCUGGAUUGCCAAAUGGAGUUGCGAAUGUGAUACAUGGUCAACAUGAAGCUGUAACGUUCAUUUGCGAUCAUCCAGAUAUUAGAGCGAUUUCAUUCGUUGGCUCAGAUACGGCUGGUAAUUAUAUUUAUGAACGUGGCUCGAAAAACGGAAAAAGAGUUCAGUGUAAUAUGGGUGCAAAGAAUCAUGGAGUCAUCAUGCCAGAUGCGAAUAAAGAGCAAGCAUUAAAUCAGCUACUUGGUGCAGCAUUUGGAGCUGCUGGUCAACGGUGUAUGGCCUUAUCAACAGCAAUCUUUGUUGGUAAUGCGAAAGAAUGGGUUCCAGACUUAGUUGCGAAGGCUAAAAAAUUACGAGUAAAUGCUGGACACGAGCCAAAUACUGAUUUGGGACCGGUUAUAUCGAAAAAAGCUAAAGAACGAGUACUUGAACUAAUUGAGUCUGGAAUCAAGGAAGGUGCCAAAUGUUUGUUGGAUGGUCGUAAUGUGAAAGUGCCCAAUUAUCCGAACGGAAAUUUCGUUGGACCAACUAUUUUACAUCAGGUUAAACCAAACAUGAAAUGUUACACAGAAGAAAUUUUUGGACCAGUUUUGGUAUCUAUGGAAGCUGACACACUUGAUGAUGCAAUUAAUAUUAUUAAUUCAAAUCCCUACGGUAAUGGAACUGCUAUAUUCACAACGAAUGGCGCAACUGCACGAAAAUUUACUCUUGAUAUUGAUGUUGGUCAAAUUGGAAUCAACGUUCCUAUUCCUGUGCCAUUGCCAAUGUUUUCAUUUACUGGCUCUCGUGGCUCAUUUCGUGGUGAUACAAACUUUUAUGGUCGACAGGGUAUCAAUUUUUAUACACAAUUCAAAACUGUCACAUCGCAAUGGCGUGCGGAAGAUGCUACGCCUAUCGAAGUUCAAAUGACUAUGCCAACAAUGUAA